CCCUUGCGACCUGUCUUGAGCACAGAGGCACCCUGAUGGUCCUUCCUGAGAUCAAGCACAUCUGUCGCUCGUGAUGGCUGCACAGCUUGUCCGAGAUGCUUGGAAUCAGAACUAGACUCAACUUGUCGCUGCUGAGGGGGGCAUCCGCUGAGACCUUUUCCCCCCUCUCAAAAGAAAGGAUGGGGGAGAGAGCGCAGGUGCCCCACUUUAGUCUAGCCAAAACAGUCUUCCCAACGCGGACCCAGUCUCUUGAUCGCAGAGAGCUUGCGAGUGUCUCUCAACCGCCGUCACCACACGUUGCAACAACACAAAUAAUAUUCGUCGUCUUCCAGGUUCACACGACUAUAUCUUCGCUGCUUGGUCGUUUGCGAACCAGCCAUAGAAACGGUGCAGUUACCUCUCCUCUACGUUGAGGCGUGAGCCAGGGCCGUUGCGCUUAGUUGAUA